AUGGAUACUUUGAUUGGUUUAAGAGGAAACAAUUUCGUAAUUCUGGCUGCUGAUACAUAUAGCAUAAAUUCAAUAAUUAAAUUAAAAAACAAUGACAAUACCAAAUUUUAUGAUAUAAAAGGAAAUAAAUGUUUAUUACUUGGAGGCUCAAUAGGAGACAGAUUACAAUUUGGAGAAUUCAUUCGAAAAAAUAUUCAUUUGUAUCAAUAUCAGAAUAAUUCUGAAAUGUUGGUUAAGAGUUUUGCUUUUUUUACAAGAAAAAAUUUGGCUUACUACUUGAGAAAAAACCCUUACGAAGUUAACUGUCUCAUGGCUGGAUUUGACAAGGAUGGAUAUCAACUAUAUUGGUGUGAUUAUUUAAGCAAUAUGGAUUCUGUAAAUAAAGGUGCUCAUGGAUAUGGAGCUUAUUUAGUCAGUGCAAUAUUAGAUAAAUAUUAUCAUGAAAAUCUAACAGUUGAUGAAGCAUUAAAUAUAUUUAAAUUAUGUUUUGAAGAAUUAAAAAAAAGAUUUCUAUUAACUCAAAUUAAUUAUGAACUAAGAAUAAUGCACGAUAAUAAAAUUGAGACACAAUAUGUAACCAUAUAA